AUGAGCAGCCAGGAACAGCAACAGGCACAAGUGACUGCAGCGCAAGUGAUGCAGGAGCUUGUGAAUCUGAGAAACGAACUCACAAGGCAAUGCGAAGAGAAUGAUCGGCUAAGGGCCGAGCAAAGCACAGCACUUGAGCGAGUACGGCAAGAGAGUGCAGCUCAAGUUGCGGAAGUGCGAGCACAAGCGCAUACGGCAGUGCAGCAGGCGACGGCUCAGAUGGGCACGAUGCCACAGUUGGUGAGCGACAUGGUCAAGUCGAACAAGGAACUGGUUGAGGCCAUGGCAAAGAAAGGAGGACCAAACGAGAAGCUCUGUUUGGUCGACACAAAGGGCCUGGGAAAGCCGACGACCUUCUCAGGUGAGAGUGAACAGUUCCUACCAUGGAGGCAUCGAAUGUCGAGCUACGUUUGUUCGAUCCACCAUGAUCUGCAAGAAGUUCUAGAGUGGCUCGAAGAGAGGGAGAAGCCAUUCUCCUCGGAGGAGUUGGACACAGCCUUUGGAGAAAAGGCGUUGGAGGCGGAUCGAGUUCCCAGACUGCAAGAAAAGUCGAGGGAGCUCGCGAACGCGCUCCAAAUGGUUACCUCGAAGGAACCAUUUACGAUCGUGUGCAAUUGCCAGAACAACGGGUUCGAGGCAUGGAGACGCCUUGCGAGGCGAUACGAUCCUGCGACUGCAAGCAGGAAGCGCACGAUGUUGAGAGCGAUUAUAUCGCCCCAGAAGCAGAAGCUGGAGAAUCUCCCUCAGGCCAUCGAAGAAUGGGCCGACGCUGUGCGCACUUACGAGAAGCGCAAGGACAGCACAGGGCGACGAACGACCCUGGCUGAUGAGAUAAAGAUGGCAGCACUGGAGGCAAUGUUGCCACAGGAGCUGGAGUCUCACAUCCAGUUGAACCAGAGCCGGUUCUCCACGUACGACGACGUGCUCGACGAGGUGACUCGCUUCAUCGAGUACAAGACAGGAAAGAGUCUGAAGGUGAUUUCUGCAGCCGCAGCCAGUGCGGCGAGCAAGGAUGAUCCUAUGGACCUGUCGUAUGUGGAGAGAGGCAAAGGAAAAGGAGCAAGCAAGGUCGUGUGCCACAACUGCGGCAGGAGCGGACACUAUGCCCGCGACUGCUGGAGCAAUGGAGGCAAAGGUUCGCAGCAGCAACGGGGCUCACCCAAAGGUCCAGGGCAACAAGGAGGAAAACCAAGCAGCAAAGGAGGAAGAGGGAGCCCCAAAGGAGGAAAGGACAAAGGAAAAGGUAAGAAAGGAAAAGGCAAAAAGGGAAAAGGCAAGAAAGGUGGUAAGAACAAGAAACACGUAGGAAACAUAGAAGAAGGAGGAGAGAACGCAGGAGAAGGAAACCAGGACGAGAACUGGCAGGAAGGAGAAGAGGAUGAAGGCUGGGAAGACGGAGACUGGGGAGAAACCUGGGAGGACGGUUGGGAGGAAGCAGAAACAAACAACCUCUACGUGGGAGCGUUAGAAAGAGAGAGCCCGAAGAGAGAGAAAGAGAAGAAGAAGAAAGAGUCGAAGCCAGACCCCGGCAGUCGUGGCUCAAGUAGGGAAGAGGGCUCCGGCCCGAUCGUGCUUGGGGCCAUGGCGCCAAAGAACCCGAAAAGGAAGGUUCCUCCAAAGGAGGAAAAAGACGAGGAUGAAAAGGAGCUGGAAGCUCUGGAAGAGCAAAUGGACAGAGCAAGGGGUCAGUUCCAAGACCUGAAGGAAAAGGUGGAACUUGCGAGGAGACGUCGCCAGGAAAGACUUCUUCAGGAAGCGGAAGAGCUGGCAGAAGCCAGGAGACGUUCCCGCGGCGAGGUGCCAGGGCAGUCCAGCUUCGGAGCGUUUUCGUCUUCGUCGCGAGGACCUCCGGAGAGAGUGCGUGAGCCAAAGGCCGGAAAGAAAGAGGAGAAGAAGGAGGUGAGGCUUAGCCUUAGAGACACGGCACCCUGGAAGCGCGUUUCGCGCUACCGGGAGCCACCAGUGCCUGAGCCCAAGACCCCUCCAAAGGCGAAGCAAGAAAGGCCGAGAACACCGCCGAAGUCACCACCGCCUUCUAGGACCAAAAGUCCGCUUCUCAAGCCGAAGGUAGAGCCAAAGAGAACAGAGCCAAAGUCACCACCUUCGAAGCCAAAGGUAGAGCCGAAGAGAACAGAACCAAAGUCACCACCUUCGAAGCCUCCACCUAGAAGUGAAGAAGUGCAGCCAAGAAGCGAAGAGGUGGAGAGACAACUUGCUACCACAGCGCCGAAGUGGGGAGCCUCAAGGAGCCAAAGACCUGUGGCGAAGGCAAAGCCAAAGCUUCUAAGGAGUCCGGCGUCUUGGGCAGGAAUGCGCUUCAGGGAACGUGUGGCCCACCAAGAUGCCAUACGAGACAAGAAGCCCAGAGGCACCGUCGGGGAGUCCUUACUGAAGAAGCAAGGCGAGGCCUGCUCCACCUGCGUGUCGAGGCGACUAAAGUUCAGGAGCAAAGCGUCCCUUCUGCUGAAGAAGAGGAUGAAAGAGUACAAGGCAGCAGCUGCAAAAGCAGCGGGCUCCCACUACGCCAGGAAAGUUUUCGAAAGAGAAAAGCUUGUGAGGGCCGACAGGCCCAGCAAGGCUGAACUGAGGAGCGCAAAGGUAGCCGAGAAGGUGAAGCAAAGGGAGGAAGAAGCCGCUGGUGAAGAAGAAGAAGAAGACAAGUUUUCCUUGGAGCCGGAGAGCUCCGAGGACGAAAGCGACUUCGAGGAUGACCCUCCAAGCGAGGGGCCCGAGGAACCCAAGAAGGAAGAAAAGAAGAAGCCACCAAAGCAGGAAGAAGGAACCGAAGGAGCAACCGCGAUCACGGCAAGCACCUCGAGCAGCAUGCAGAGGAUGCUAGCGUCGGGUCUUAUGGAGACCAACCGUGCGAACCUCGCGGUCUUGGACCAGAGGAUCGCGACAAAGAGAGAGAAGCUCGAGGGACGCGGCAGUGACCCAGAGCUGGAAGCCGAGAUCGCGAGCCUGGAAGACGAGCGGAAGCGCCUGAAAGAGGAGCGUGAGCGCCUCAGGGCGCAGCAAGCGGGCGUGAAGAAAAAGGAACCCGAACACCGCAGAGACCAGUCGGUGCACGACGUGCGCUACAAACGCCAAGUGGAAAAGGGAGACAGCCACUGGAAGGCUUGGCGUGCGGAAAAGGGACGAAGGAGAGCGCAAGAGCACAGACGCAGCGGUGUGGGCGAAAGAGCAAAGGAGAGGAUCGAGGCCGACAAGAAGUGGCACGCCCGGCACGACGUGAAAGUGAAAAAGGGCGACUUCCGCGAUAACCAGAAGGAAGAGGUCGACGGCAUCGACACGGAGGUUAUCCACAGCGAUGGGACGGAGGCCAAGCCCGAGCGGCGAAAGGACUACCGCCCCCUCACGAAAGCCGAAAGGGCGAGCCACCGCGUGGAUGCCGACGACGAGGAGGAGCUCUACCGGAAGGAGCUCGAAAAGCAGGAAAGGCCGAAGGCGACCGGGCGCUACUCGGCGGACCCGUCGAUUGCGGCUGAGCAGAAGAAGAAGAGGAACCAAAAGAGAAACCAAAGGCGCAACAAGCUGAAGAGGAAGCUUGGGUCGACCUGGGAUCCAGAGCACAAAGGAAAGAAGAAGAAGUACGUGACGCAGCGAAAGGACAACGGCGUCCGCUACAAGACGGCGUCAGGUGAGGCGCUGAAAGACCAAGGAAAAGCCGAGGUCACCGGCACUUUGUCGGGAGGCCGUGGGGCCACGAUCACCGGCCGAGGCGCCGGGGUCCACCGCAUACUCCUGUCAGGAGCACAGGCGUGCAAGACGCAUUUUGCGUUUCUGCACGGAACAGGAGGCUUGCUGGUCCCAAAAGGAACUGCUUUCGCUAAGGAGGCCGACGAGGCGUUGCGCCAGUUGGCUUGGAAACACAAGGGUGUCGGAACCAAGAUGCAAGUGAAGAACGGCAUCUACGUGUUUCCUCUGCAAGACGAGAAGAAAGGAGCUGAGAUGGUUGAGGAAGCGGCCAAAAGGAGAGCCGCCGGAAAGGCAACGCUCAAGGAAAAAGGAGGCACUGAAGACGACCGCUUUGCCGAGGAGCCGGAGGCUCCAGGCGAAGAACAACAGAGGGCGAUAGUGCCGAAGAGCCCAGACCAGCCAACGGCUGACCAGAUCGCACAGCACGAAGCCUCGGGGCACGCGGUGCACCGUUCCUGGUGCGUCCACUGCCAGAGAGCGCGAAAGAUGGUGAAUCCACAUUACCGGAUUCGGAGAGCCGAACUUGAGACAUCUUUGCCGACGCUACACAUGGACUACUUCUUCCUGGGCAAAGAAAAGCAGGAAGACGACGUGAUGCCGCACCUGGUGGUUCGGUGCGACAAAACGCAGCGCACUUGGGCAACUUCGUUGCCCGAGAAAGGCACGCAUGCGUACAACGUCACGUGGUUGGCCAGCGUGAUACGCGAGGCCGGAUGGAAGAGGAUGUGUUUAUUCUCAGAUAAUGAACACGCCCUCCGUGCGCUCAAACUCAAGGCCUCCGAAGAAGUCCAAAAUGUAGUGUUCGACUUGAGAGAGAGUCCUACAAGUACGGAACACGAGAAUGCGCCAUCGAACGGCAUAGCCGAGGCCGCAGUGAGAGAGGUGAAGCGAAUGGUCCGAGCUAUCCUGUCGGAGCUGGAGACAAAGCUUAAGAUCGAGGUGGGCGUGGACCACCCGAUUCUCGCCUGGAUCGCGAGGCAUGCAGCGUUCUUGAUGACACGUUUUCGCAUUGGCGAGGACGGGAAGUCAGCUUACGAAAGGACGCUGGGCCGACCGUGGAGGCGACCUACCAUUGUCUUUGGCGAACAGGUGAUGUUCAAGCCAGUUGGUUCGAGACACAAGCGAGGAAGCCUAGAUGCAAGAGUUUGCAUGGGACGUUACGUCGGAACUGCGUCGAGGAACGCAGACUUGCUGAUCAUGACGUCCGAGGGUAUAUCCCGGGGCCACUCCUUGCACAGGAGGCCCGAGGAUGAGAAAUGGCCUGUUGAAGGUUUCGACGUGCUACGCGGAUUGCCUUGGAGGAUGUCCGGUCCACAAGAGCGAGCGUCGCCCAACCGAGUCGGUAUGCCCGCUCUCGAAGGCGAACAACCCGCGCCACAACGCCGAGACUUCAAGGCACGCAACCUGUACGUCAUGAAGUCCGACAUUGAGCUGUACGGCUACACGCCUCAGUGUCCGGGAUGCGAUGCGCAGCUGAUGGGUCUCCCGCAGCGAGCGCACAAUGACGAGUGCAGGAUGAGAGUGCAGAGAAGACUGCAAGAAACCGACGAGGGAAAAGAAAGAGUGAAAAGGGCCCAAGAGCGAGUUGAAAAGGACUACGGAAAGCGGGUCAAAAGAGACCAACCCGCGCUGGAAGGAAGACCUGCCCCCGACGCAAUGGAUGUUGCAGCAGAGGAAGCGGCAGGCGCACCUUUGUCCAGACCAAUGGAGGUCGAGGACCGCGCCGAGCCGAAACAGCGGAAGCGCGCAGCGUCCAAGGACGUCGAGGACCUUUACCGGGAAGAGCCCAGCACGAGGGCUACCGAUGGUCCAGAUGUCGAGGAUUCCCAACAAUUAGGCGAUGUCAUGGACCACUGGGGCUUGCAGGAGCUCCGAGCCAACCUGAAUGACGUGCCUGUUUUGUUCCUGCCGAAAUGCGUGCUGGAACUAAUCUGCAAGGGGCAAUGGCCGACAAUUGUUCUUCAUGCUGACGGUAACCAUCGAAGCGCACGUAAUGUCAACUUGGAGGCUUUGAAGUUUCUCAGGACAGCCAUGUCCUGGCCUUCCAUGGAAGACUUCAUGAAGAUCUGCAGACAAAUCGGUGCUACUGCAACUGCUCAGUUUUCUUCUUUCAUGUUGACAGAGCAGAGGGCUCAGGUUUUGCUAGACCACGUGCGGGCGCACGCAGCAACCAAUUUUCAGCAUCUGGAGCAGGGAGAAAAUCAGGCUGUGCAGGAAGCCGUCCAGGCUUUGCAGAUCUUUGUCGAUGGAUUUGCGAAGACAGGCCCGGAGGCACGUGCCUCUAACGCGAAGAAAACUGCUGAAGAGCUGAUCGCUUCCGUGAGUGCUGCGCAGUCUGUUCGUAACCGGAGCAAGAUGAUAGAGCUGCAGGAAUCUCUACUAACGAAGUUCACGCCAGCUGAGCUGACAGAUGCAGUUCGCCAAGUUGUCACGAAGCCCUCCAGUGGAAGCUCAGUAUCCAAGAACCAAGUCAAGGUUGAUGCUGCCUACGCUUUGUGUGUUCGCGAAGAGCUCAGGAAGGAUUCUGGGCCCAUUUUCGUUUGGGCCGACUCCAGUCCGCAGGCAGGCUCUGACUAUCUCCUCUCGUGCUACGUGACCAUAAGCAGGGAUAGUGUGGUACAGUGCUGGGACCAUUUUGAGCAGCUUGUUGCGUCAGUGGAAGAUUUUCAAAUUGCUGUCAGUGAGAAAGAGCCAGAGCUCUUGCUAGAAUGCGUAGCAGUUCGAUCUGCGUCGGGCAGGUUUUUGGUCAAGAAUAUGAAGAAACACUGUCAAAUGCCAAUGUCGCUAGGUAGCGGAUGCACGAAUGUUGAAGACAAAGGUAAGGCUAUGGCUGUGAAGUUUCACCGCGAAACGGGGGACGUCGUGCUGCUCUCAGAUGUCUGUCAACGUGUUGCCAGCUUUACGACCGAUAUGGGCACCGAGCUUGGUGUGCCUGAUCUUGCAGGGGGAAAUGUUCAAGCAUACCUGCCAGACUACAUGAGGUCGGGUCUUGUGCCAGAGCUUGAUGGCAUGGAGGGUCUCUUCGCAGAAAUGCCACCUGUCAUUGCGCCGCAUCUUUUCCCACGUGCUCUUGUUGUCCCCGGUUUAGAUCACAUUGCGCACAACUUGCAAGAAGACUUGGAUAAGCACCUUCGGUCAUGGUCUUCCUGGCUUCCCGGAUUCAAGGGGCUUUGCCUUCUGCUCAGCAAAAAGCACCUUCUGAAGAGGCUCAUCGCGACGUGCAUUGAAGGCACCCCACUCUCAUCAUUGAAAGGAAUCUUUGAGAGCACGGUGCCCUCAAUUGCGAAAUGGAGAUGGGGCACGAUAUGCAAAACUCUGCCAGCUGUGCUUUCGGUUUUCAAGCCUUUAAAACUCGUGUGGAACGCUGAGAAGUUUCAGAAACAAAAUCGUUCUGGGGGUGAUCCUCUUGAAGAUGGCGCCGAUCAGGCAGAACAGGAGGAAGAUGAAGAUAUGAAGGUCCUGAAAGUGGGUGACAUUACUUCUGCUUUGAGGAGUGAUUUUUGGUUGGCGUAUGCACACAUGCUGCUAAGUUUGCACGAAAUUGGAAAUCGAAUAUCCAGUUGGGCUUCUGGUUGCCCUUGCCAUGGCUGGCUGCAGGCAAAACCGAAUGCUGGCCCUGGUGUUGAGAACCAUUGGGAUGUUUACUUGCGUGAAAUUGUCCGUGCACGUGGCCUGCCUCUUCAGGAAGAUGGGGCAGCUUUCUCCUGCCCCAUGGCCGGCAAAAGGGCGCCGGAGUUGGCCAGCGGAUGCUUGACUGAGAUUUUAAACUCGACUGCCGAUGCCAAGAAGCCUGAUGUUCUGAUAGCAGCUGCUGGACUGGGCAGGGAGAUGCACGACAGCGUCAUCACGGAUUUUCAGACUGGCGUGGAUUUCAUUUCUUUGACUGUCAGUUAUCGUCAGGUCAGCGGGGCCUAUGUAUCUCUUAGUCUCCGUAUGAAUCAAAUCAACGACUUUAUGGCCACAGAGGCGGGUGAGCAAUUGAUGAUCAACAUGUUCGACAAAAUCAGAAAGCCCAAGCUGCUUGCAAAGACCUUCAAAUUCGAUGAGCACCCAGAGUGGCUAGCUGCUCUCAGCAAGGGGAAGCAGGGCCAGCCUCGCCUCGGAAGGAUCGCUGUAGCCAUCAUGUACAUGAACGACAUCGCUUUGCAGUUCCUGAAGCUAACCUCUGUCCGCAAGCAAAACAAACAACAUCGCAAGCAAGAGGAAAAAGAACGACAGAAGUUGCAAAGGCAGGCACGCCCAGUCGAGCCAGUUUCGGAAGAGGUGGUCUUGAGACGACUUUUCGCAGCUCACGUUGCCAGCUCGUUGGUUCCAGGAGAGUUCUACUCAAUGCCAGCCAGUGUGUUCCAAGCAUCAGUCUCAUCCCUGAAUUCUGCGAUGCAAUUUGCUCCAGCCCCUGCGCGUGCCAUCGAAAACAACGAAGAAGCACUCUUGAAAGAUGCUGAGGUGGCUGUGCAGCCUCCAGGUAGCGAUUGUCGCCAAGACAUUUUCUUCAAGGUCUUGUCGACCAGAUCAGGCUUUCUCAGGACUGUGCGUCGUGCCCCUGCCAGUCAGCGUCGGUUGAACAGGAAUGACAUUGCUUUAACAUUCCACAAAGCUGUGCCAGGGCAGAGCAAUCCGGAAGCUUGCGUGGUGCAAUCAGAGCCAGUCAUGUGUUCAGCAGGGGGUAACGCAGUUCACGUUCUUAGCUCUGUUGGUAUGGAUGCCGACAAGAUGGAAGACAUGUUGCGAUGGCAGCCAGGCGACCAGGACUGUGUCAUGACCUUGCCGAACUAUUCAGGUACCAUGGAUGCCAGACUGUUGGGACAGCUUGUUUCUCACAAGGCCUUUGUUGGCCAGCCCACGCGCAUGCCUGAGGCUUCUGUGCCAGCAAACAUGCGAGCCACAUUGCAGGACAUGCAGCACGAUGGCUGGGUAGUGUCUGAUUCUCAGGGUUGGCAACUGACUAGAGAUGCUCUGGCCAAGCUGUCUUUAUCUUAUUGCCUCGAAAACCCGAAGGCGUUUCAUGACCAGCCUGCACAUGUGCCCGCGUUGGAGGACCAAACGCCUUAUCAACUUUGCGCAGCCUUGAAGACCCAGGGGUGGCAGUGGAAACUUUUCAAAGCAGACAUCUCACCUCCGUACGUUUUGGGCGGAGACCGUGUGUGGUACAGUCAGGGCACCCUUGUCUCGAAGGAUUAUAUGCUCUGUUUGCUUCGAUCUGAGUCUGUCCUUCAGGAAGGACAGCGUGUUCACCAUGGGCAGAAAGCAGCCUACUACCGAACGUUGCUCCAAGGCCAGUACGCCCACGCUGAAGGCAUGUUGUGCAUCAAGAACAAGCAAGAACCUCGCGUGGCCAUUGAAGACGCUUGCCCGGCAAGAAGCUUAGAAUCUCUAGGUGACAUGAUGCCAGAAGAUGACUUGCUUUGGCAGUCCCUUGCGCUGAACGAAGAACCGACUCUGCCAACUCAGCCAGUGCCCAAAGCAAAACAGCCGGCGAAAGCCAAGCCACAGCCCAAAGCCAAUGUGUCACGCAAGAGGCAACGUCGAGGGUCAGGUGCCACCGACAAGGAUGACUCAGAUGCGAGCUCGGCUUCUCCGAAUUCUUUCGCAGACCUUUGGGAUGUAAUUUCGGAAAAGGCCUCCAGCGGUCUUCCAGAUGAUGUACAAGACUACUCUCCAAGCCUGCCAAGCCCUGUUCCUGAGAACACUGCAGAUGCCAGAGGCCCCAUGGACAUUGCUUCAGGUGAGAGUCGGCGAUUGGAUGAGCAAGCUGGACCAGGGCAUGUAGAUUCACCAACGGCCUUGGAUGCCCCUGUACCAAGAUCAGCACAUGGUUCUUUCGACUUCGACCUCGAUGAGCAGUCUCAGGCCAGGCGCGACUUCAGCUUCGACUUGAUGUUUCUGGUUCGUCUGGGUCAUGCCUGUUUCUUGAUUGCCUUUGAGGUCGAGGCCUACUGGGGCGAGCUUUGGCUGCGACUGCAAGGUGCUCCUGCACGGGUAGGGAGCACCUAUUAUUUUUGCCUGCUCGGAAAGGUCGUCGGCCAGUGGGACUUCUUGAGCCGUCUGAAAGAACUCAAGGUGUUGCUUUCCAGAUCCUGGCAGGCUGAGCAGGAUUUGAAGAAGUCGGCGUUGGUGGAAGGGCAAGGGCCAGAACGGGAGAAAGGUCCCGGGAAGGUCCCGGGAGGGUCCCGGGAAGAUUUCCAGCGCUUGUUUCUAUGGCCGCGUGAGUUUGUCCAGAAGAUGGCGACAUACUCCGCCCAGUGCCUGGGUGUCCUUGUCGACAAGUAUCGUGAUGGCCUGUCUAUUGUCACAGAUUUCUCGGGUGUUGGCAGUGUUGAGAUCGCAUGCUCAUUCAUCGAACAUGGGCUGAGAGACUCAGGUGAAGGUGCCUCGGGCCAUGCCCCUGGCUGUGUCUUUGGGUCGCUAGAAGAAAGAAUCGCGCCUGAAAUUUUGCAGAAGCUUCACAGCCUACAAGCAACUUGUGUGGCCGGAGCCGAGUCUGAUCUUGAUGGUGUUGAGGAUGCAACCCUGCAGAAGAACCUCCAUCACAGAUGGGGCAGACAGUUCUUGAAGUUGGCUGUGGAGGCUUUGCAAGACUCGGGUGCUGAGCUUCCAGCCACUGUUUGGUGUCAUCGACAUCAGAGGGCCUGUCGAUUCCAUGUGAGGGACGAGCAGGCUGGUGCCACCCUCGCUGCCGGUGGACCUCCUUGCAUCGAUUGGUCUCAGAUAGGCUUGCGACUGGGGUGGCUUGGACGUGGGGCCAUCCCGUUUUUGCUGUGGGCACACGAACGAUGGCUUUGUCGUGAACGAAUCAUCCUGAUGGAAAAUGUGCCUGGCAUCGAUCAUGACAGCUUGAGUGUCGUCUUCCCAUGCUAUCACAUCACAGUCUUUACCGUGUCUCUUGCGCAGUUCGGUAUUCCAGCCAACAGGGAGAGGGUGUACAUCGUGAUGCUCUUGCAAGGGACUUCGUGGCUCUUGCAAGACCCUGAGGCUGUGUUUCGUGAGAUUUUCACAGAAGAGCACCUGUUAAGCAGUGCCUGCCAGUUCUUCUCAGCACCGCAGGACAUUGUCGACAGGAACCAUUCUUGGCAGGCUGUGACCCGAGGAUUGCCAGGCGUUUCUCCGACCGGCAGGGCGUGGCAGGCAAAGCAUGUCAUGUCCAUGACAGAGGUGAAGCGAGUCCGUGCGUGGGAAGAAAGGGUUCGUGGUGAUCUCCAACUCGGGCGAAACCAGAGAGCAGACGUGUAUAUGAAUGCAUCGCAGAGUGCUGAGCGCUGUGGGGUCAUGUACCGGCUGCCAACUCUUAUCACAAAUGCUCACAUCUGGAGCAUGCGCUUGCAGAGGCUGCUGUUAAUCCCAGAGAUGUGGGAAGUGCAAGGCUUUGCAAUGUUCGAGAAGGGCAUUCCUUCCAAGUACAUGUGCCCCUUCCGCAGCUGUGUGCUAGAUACCCUUGCUGCGCAGGAGUCAACGGAGCAGACUGAGGCGAAACGUACAUCUCGCCGUCGCAAGUUUCAGCAGGACUUGCAGCUCAACCAUCAGGACUUGCGAGUGAUGGUUGGAAACAGCAUGUCCGGUCAAGGCAGGGCUGCAGUUGUGAGUAUGACUAUGAGAGGGGAGGAGGAUGGGUUUGCUGGGGCCCUCCUCGAUCCUGGGAUCGGCGCGGACUCAAGGAAGAAGCGUCGCACAGAGCUCGCAAGCUUUGUCGAGGAACCAAAAAGCGGAGAUGAUUCAGGCGAGUCAUCUAGGGCCAAGAAGAGGAAGGACAAGUUCCAAGAGAAGCGAGACAGAAAGAAGCUUGCGAAGGAGAAGAAGAAAGCAGAAACAGCAGCGUCAGCUGCAAGUGGGGCAACCAAGAAAUGUUCCGAGUGCAAAAAAACGCUCCCGCUGGCCCAGUUUUGGGAAGAUCAAUCGAAGUGCAAAACAUGUUCGAAAGAGAGGAAGGCUCUUCUUGACAUAGCCAGGCGCCAGGGCGAGCUGGAGUGGUACAAGAGCUUGGACGAGAAAGCCCACUCCGAUCUCAGCAAAGGAUACAAAAAGGCGAAGGCUCAGGCUGAGAAAGAUCGGUCGAAGGUGAAGUUCUCUGUCAAGCGCUACAAAGAAAGUGUCGUAGCCAGUGCCGGAUCGCGCGGAGAGAGUCGCAAGCGUCUUAUGAACAUGGUUCAAUACGUGGCCUGGGCCACGUCAGACGAAGGAGAAAGCCUGACAGAAAAACAGGCAGGUUUGAAGUGGGAUAGCAUGAUGCUUGACCCGGCUUUCAAGAAGGAGGGCCCAAGAGGCCCCAAGCAGAAGAUCUAUGUUCCGCUUUUCAAAGACAUUGUGGACUACGAAGAUGUCAGCCUGGUGCUCAUUUUGCUUGCUGCUGCCUUGAGUGUGAGACUGAACGAACGGGCGAGCAGACAGCGCCAAGUUGAACAAGAAGGCCGCUUGUCCAGCAACUUGACCCAGGAGCAACUUGAAGAAAGAGCUCGCAACCUCGUCUUCAGUGGCCAUGAUCAAGGCUUCGGCAGCGACAUCAGUGCUACGGCUGCCAAUCUUGUGUCUGGCGGUGAUGAGGAUGGCAAUGAAGGGCUUCGGGCUUCGGUAGCUGUUUCAAGUCUUCAGGGUCUUGCGAAUCCCCGGCGCUUGUCAACAGGCAGUGGCAGCAGGGCAACUGUUGACAGCAGCAGUGGUGACGAUGAUGCAGAUGCUGAGCCUUCUGAUGGCAAAGGUGGCCGGGGAGCGGCUAAAUGGUUCGAUGUGGCUUCAGAAACGCAAAAAUUCAAACGCCGUGUCGAGACUUUGUGUACAAGGAUGAAGACGCGCAUGAACCAGCUGAGCCAGCAAAUGCAGGAUCAGCUCGAUGUUUCCCGCAACAUGGCACACGUGGACUUGGUGGAAACCAAGAUCGUUCACCAUCGCCUUCGAGCCCUGAGGAUCAUUGCGUCGGGAGAGCAGGCCGAGUAUUCGACGUACCUGGAGGCAAUCGCUGCGACUCUUGUCUUGCGGAAGGUGCCGGACACAAAGAGUGUCAACACGGCAGGAAGUGCAAAUGAUUUCUUGUUGACAGCAACGGGCCCAUGCAAUGACUAUGAGUCCUUGAUGACAGUCAGCGCACUGAAACAAAGCUUCCUUAGUAUUACCACCCUGCAAGAUGAGAAGGACUUGAAGACUCGUGUGGAUGCAAUGAACAAGUGCAACUCUCAAUGGGAGGAACUCCUUGGGUCGUGCAAGAGUGCUUUCACCGAGCUCAAGAAAGUCAGCAACCAAAAGAGCACCAGCGCAUCAGCCAAAGGCAAGUCCAAAGCAAAGGCAAAAGCCAAGAACAAAGCGAAGACGUCAGCUGAAGCCUAUGGCAUGUUCGACACCGACGCGGAGUUCAAGAUGUGUCCAUCCUCAGAAGCAGAUGAUGAAACUUCCCAGGUGGAUAAGCUGUUGCUGGGGACGCCCUUCAAAGGCGUGCUUGACAAAGCGUCCGACUUCAUAUCCGACGCUGCUUGCAAAGCCUUGGACAAGUUCGCCAAGGAAUUCGCAAGCAGUGACAUUCGUGUCAUGACAGGCAAGGCGCAGCAGGAAACAGGUCCCUUGAAGAAUGAGCUCAGGGGUGCGCUAACUGGCUUGCUUCCGCGCGACAAGCGCAUCAUCCUCCAGGAGCAGGUUCCCGAUCAGUUGGCCAUGCAGAGCUUGAUGGAGCCAUUAAUGUGGGCAUCCAUAUCCGGGCAGCGUUCCUGUCGCAUGGAGGUUGCAGGCUUUCCGGUCAUCCGUUACCAGCACGCUGGGUCACGCAGUCUCGUCAUGGUUUUGGCUGAGGUGCUCAGAGGGUGGCUGGUGGCGAGAGAGGAGCGAAAGAAGGAGCAGGACCGCGAGAAGAUCCUGUAUGCUCACUUGCAUACCCAUUUCAUGCACCUGUCCGAUGACGAUUGCGUGGAGCUUUGUCUUGCGCACCCCGAUAGCGUUUGGUACGCGUUCCUCAACGGCGACGUGGACAACAUCGGAUUGAAGCUUACCUUCGUCGAUGUGGAGGACACACGCGGGCUCAGAUCCAUGCGACAGGAAGCCAUCGACUCGAAGCGCAAGCUGCCUGUUCUGGAUGCCCUCUUUCAGUUUAUCGAGUCGUCGUCGAAGGUUCAGUUCAGGCUGAUCGAAGUGGAGUGUUGCUUCCGAAGGGAAAGGUUCGUCGCCGUGGCGCCGCAGAAAGGACGAAGAAAAGACUGGCUGAAGCUUGAGAUGGUUCCUCCUGGCUAUAGCCACAUGCAUCCGCAGUGGCAAUGCCAGUUAGUGUUUGUGCCAGUUCGUAGCAGCUUUGCUUCUUUGAACAGCGCGAAGCCGUGCGCAGGACCCGGCCUGGACCACUCACGCCAACAAGCACGAGCAGAUGCAGAAAUGUACGACACAGCAACGGCGAAUCCGCCGCCAGCCGACGAGGAAGUGCGAAUGAACCUGAUUACGCGGAUGUUCGAACAAAAGGGGCUCAAGUGCAGCCCGACUGAAGCGAAGGCCAUAAACUCUAUGGUUCUACAGUUGGGAGGUAAUGGCAAUUCAGCUGUGCCCUGGAGCAUGGUGAAUGAAGGCAUUAUCUUGCCAAUGGACCAAGAGCCGCCGAUGUUCGCUCAGGCUGAGCAUUUGCGUUUCUUUGAAAAGCUGGAACAAGUGAAGCCAAAGCUUCUGGUGGGCAAGCUGCCCACUGGACCCUUCCAGUCAGUACAACGUGCUUUCGACAUGACCAACAAGAUUGGAGUCGAGACCAGACGCGGAAAUUUGAGGAAGGCCCGAUCUCAACUGGGGCUUUGCUUUGAGGCCUUCGAGGCACAGAAGGAAGCCGGAAACUACUUCCUCUAUGAGUGCCCAAGGGGAACUAAGUCCUGGGAGCAUGAACUUGCUCAAAGGAUGGGUUCGUACUUGGUUGAAGGCCCAAUGUGCAAGUGGAAAGUUGACGAAAGUGGAAAAAUGAUUGCAGGCCAAUCCGGCAAGAAGCGAACCCGCUGGAUUACUAAUUCGGCGACGGUUGCAACAGCGCUGGAAAAGCUAUGCAAGGGCAAUGCGAAGGUGUGGAACCGAACGCUAAGCUUCAAGGAGGGGAUCGUGACGGCCAAGGCCGAGUAUCCUCCGAAGCUUGAAAGAGCACUACUGGCAGGAGUGCGAGCACAACUGGUUCUGGAUGGAGAAAUGAAGGAGGUGGGCCAUGUGGGUGGACCUGACCCACACGAGGAGCCACCGCUCGAAGAGUAUCUCCAUGAUACCUUACCCAAGGCUGGGCAGCUUCACGUAAGCGAGCCCGUCAUAGACGCAAACACAGGGGCACAACUUGAUGCCAAAAAGGUUGCGGAAGCAAGAGCGUCAGAACUUGCCUGGGUGAAAAAGCAAGGUGUGUACGAGAAAGUCGAAGAGAGCGUGUGUUGGGACGAAACAGGUCGUCCGCCCAUAACCUUGAAGUGGGUAGACCGCAACAAAGGGGAUGAUGUUCGGGAAAACUACCGCAGUCGUUUGGUAGUCCGCGAGGUCAAGUCACAGGGACAAGCGGCGUUGAUACCAGACUACGCACUGUUUUCCUCAAUGCCACCUCUGGAAGGAUUGAAGAUCCUAUGCAGUCUGCUGACGACACUCAAGAGGUCAAAGAGCGGAAAGAAGCUCACGCUGAAGCUGACAGACAUAUCACGUGCACACUUCUAUGGAAAAGCAGAACGACGUGUGUUUGUCACACUUCCCGAGGGAGAUGAAGCUCCCGGCUUUUGUGGUCUGUUGAAACGGACCAUGUAUGGCACCCGUGAUGCCUCAGCUGUAUGGCAGAGAUCGUACACAAGCCUGCUACGCAAGCACGGGUUUGUCGUGGGAAAAGCAUAUCCGUGUACCUUUUAUCAUGCCGAAGCCGACGUGAGAUUAUUGGUGCAUGGGGAUGAUUUCCUAGUCUUGGCAGACGAAGAUGGACAUCGCUUUGUAGACAAAGUACUGUCUGAAGAGUACGAGUUCAAGUGUGAUGGCCACAUAGGACCUGAGUGUGAAAAGGAUAGCAUGACUGUCCUGAACCGGGUCGUGAGCUAUGACAGCCAGACAGGAACUGUUACGUACGAAGCGGAUCCAAGGCACGCGGAAGCCCUAGUGCGCGACCUUGGACUGGAGUCUGCGAAGGCGGCCAAAACGCCAGCAGAAAAGAAAAAGGGAAGUGACCUGAAAGCGAUGCUUGAAGCACAGCCGUUGAAUGCCGAACUUCAGAAAGCAUAUCGGUCUCAUACGAUGAGGGCAGCGUUCCUUGCGCAGGACCGUCCAGACAUUGCCGAGGCUACGAAGAGCUUAGCGCGGCACAUGAAAGAACCCACAGAGUGGGCAUGGGCCGAUCUGAAGAGGCUUGUCCGCUACUUACGCGGAAAUCCACGGCUGAUCUACGAGUACCACCCGCAACGGUUCAGCAAAGAGAUUGUGAUGUACUGCGACUCAGACCACGCUGGUUGCCUCAUCACGCGGAGGUCAACCACGGGACUGGUGACAAUGCUUGGAUCGCGCUGCGUGAAACACUCAAGCAACGUGCAAAGCACGAUCUCCCUCUCGAGUGGAGAGAGCGAGUUUUACGCUAUAGUUCGAGCAGGGUCAAUAGGUCUGUCGCUACAGGCGAUGCUAGAAGACUGGGGAUUAAAGGUCGGUCUGCGGAUUCGAUCUGAUUCCUCGGCGGCCCGAGGCACUACCCAGCGCCAGGGCCUGGGUCAAGCACGCCACGUACAAACAACAUACUUGUGGGUGCAAGAGAAAGUCGCCACGCGAGCUCUGGAGCUAGAGCGUGUAGGCACGGAGAAGAACUACUCCGACAUCUGCACCAAACCAAUGCCCGAAGUGGCAAUGCUCAAACACCUCAAGAACAUGGGAUUGCGUUUUCAUGUUGGACGAGCCGGAGCAGCCAAACGGCUCGUGUGA